GACAAAAUCGAUUGGCACAACACUCGGUUGCUCAUCCCUAAAAUUUGUGUUGUUUUAUUUAGAAUUUUGUCUUUUUAAUAUAAUUAAUUAUAAUGCGCGACCGCGAACGCCGCGACAGAGAUAGGGAUAGGGACAGAGACCGGGAGCGAGAGCGUGACAGAGACAGAGAUCGGGACCGGGACAGGCGCUACCGGUCGAAGUCCCCCGCCAGGAGCAGCCGGCAGAGCUCCAAGUCGAAGAAGAAAAAGUCCAAGAAAUCGAAAAAGUACUCGAGAAGGAGUCGCAGCAGCAGCCGCAGUUCCUCGCGCAGCUCGACGCCCAGCAGCCGAAGCAGCUCCCGCAGCCGGCACAGCAAGAGCAGGAGCCGGGACCAAAACAAAUCCCGCUCCGCAUCCCAGAAGAAGACAAGGGCUCCCAGCUCCGAGAGUAACUCCAGAUCGGCGCCCACACCUGCCAGCCAGCCAGCCAAGGCCAUCGAUCUGCUGGAUGCCAAGGUGCAAAAGGCUCUGGAGACCAUAGACGAGGAUUGCUUCAAGCCGGCUUCCUUCUUCAGCUCACGCGAUAGGGAGGCCUCGGAGAAGGUGAUCAUUGACCUGAACAGCGAGACGGUCACGGUGCCCAACAAGCCAACAGUCGCAGUCCAAAACGAAGAUGUAAUAUUCCAUCCGAACUUUCUUGGCGACCCAGAUCUCAAGGCGGAAAAGUGGCUGCGCAAGCUUUACAACUACCGCCAGAAGUACAUGCAGGAGUAGUCUAGUUCAGACUCUGUAUUUAAGAAACAAUAAACCUACAACGCUUAGAAUA